GAAGGAGGGUCCGGUCUCCACGUGAUUGAGAAUAAUGACCAGCAGCUGUACAACACGGCAGCGUCCCAGCAGCCUCCUUCGCGUUUCAUAUGCUGGAGUGCACGGUGUGCGUGCCCAACACAGAGACUACAGCUAAUAAUAUUAACACACGGAGAGCUGACAGCGAGUGGGUUGACUGCAGUGAAGUGUUGCUGAUCAUGGAUUACGCAAUGAAGUCUCUCUCCAAGUACGUCUCCGCCAGCGCCUCCAUGACCCAGCAGCUGCUCACCGGCCCCGCCACCCGACCCAAACCCUUCCGGGUCGCAAACUUCAACCGCAGCAUCAAGAAGGGCAUCAUGGCUGACGGGCUGAGGGACCUGCUGAACAAGCUCCCGGAUGCCCUGCAUGUCUCCAGUGUGUGCUCUCUGGUCCUCGAGGAGGACGGGACGAUGGUGGACACAGAGGAGUUCUUCCAGACCCUGGACGACAACACUGUCUUUGUCGUGCUGGACAAGGGACAGGAGUGGACCCCCAGUGAUAAUGGAGAGUACCGCUUGCACCUCACGGACAGGCCUCGCCGCAGGAAGGAUGUGGCCAGGAUCACCUUUGACCUCUACAAGUCGAACCCCCGUGAUUUAAUUGGCUGCCUGAACGUGAAGGCCACCCUGUACGGCAUGUACACCGUGUCAUAUGACCUGCGCUGCUACGGGGCCAAGAAGAUGAUGAAGGAGGCCCUGCGCUGGACCCUCUUCUCCAUGCAGGCCACAGGCCACGUCCUAUUGGGCACAUCCUGCUACAUGCAGCAGCUAUUGGACGAGGAGGAGCAGGGGGCGGAGCAGAAAGAGCAGCUGACCCAGCCCACGCAGCUGCAGAGCAUCCUAUGGGGAAAGACGGCGGUGUGACUUCACAAUGGGGAGGGGGCGGGGCCACACUGAGGGCGGAGUUACACAGCAUUCUUCACAUGGUGCAUGUACUGUACUGGAGUGUUGGGGACAUUUGGAAAGGGGAGCUCAUUUACAGACAGGCUGGCUCCCAAGCCAUACUUUAUUGAUCUGCCGUGCUUUGGUUGAGUUUGAGUUUUGAGUGUGUGUGGGAACGAGGCACUCUUGUAGUGUCUGUGUGUUGCGUGCUGUUCUCCUGCUAGCUACAGGUGUGUCUGCAGACCCUGUGUCCGUUCAGCUUCUUGUAGGAGAUAUUGUUCAGCUCUCCAGACACCCCCCCCCCCCACACACACACACAUACACACACACACGUACACGUGCUCCAGGCUGUCAGUGCAGGGGGUGUCUGUGUGAUUCUCACACACUCAGAUUCCAGCUGCUUCUCUCUGUAAGGGAGCAAUCCCGGACAAUCCAGGGAUAUUGCCAUCAUGUGCACCCUGAUCUGUGUUUUUAAUUCAGUUUCCACUCUUGUGUUUUAGGGUUGUAAAGCUAGGCGCAUGGGAUCCAUACUGGAAUAUAACAAUAUGCUUGACUUUUAUUUGGUGGCAACCCCCCAGUUCACAUAACAGAGUUUAUACAUUAUUUUCUGUAAUGCGGUACGAAUUAUCGCUAUUGUUUUCCAGAGUAUUUGAAAUUAUAAAUUUUCCAGUGUUUAUUUAGAUUUUGAAAGCCACCCUCCUGCACGAGUUUUAUUCAGCAGGAAGUACGAGAACGAGGUGUUUUUCCACCCCACUGACUGCCUGUGCUGCACAGGGUUGUAAGAAUUAUUUGUUUUUGUAUUCACAUUCCAUUCUCCUUUUUGGGUUUACUGUGGUCUGUUUGGCCGCGCUGCGUGCCUCUGUUUGGCCGCGCUGUCGUCUCACUUCACCAUGUUCUGAAGCACGAUUUCUCUCCUGCCUUCGCGUUCGUUUCAGAUCGUUGCUGCCUUUGUUUUAAUGUGUUUAAUGACUUGCAGAACGCACACUCAGUGAGCGCUGAUGAAGGCUGGUCUUUGCACUGUCACAAAUUCGAAUGGAUUGAUUCACUUAAUAGCACGGUUUGUAUAUAUCUCUGCAGCACCACACAAGUAGGUGUGUAAAACACAGAUCUGAAGAGAGAUUCCCCUGUGUGUGAGACUGUCACCGCCGCUCCUGAAGUGAGUAAUUCAGAAUAAACUCGAGUGUCCCAGAUUGCUUGAUCUCUGCAGUGAGUGGACUGCCUGCGCCUGGCUUGGUCUUGUGUUGCGCGCUGACCCCGCUGUUGACCCUGUUCCUUCUCGUAGCAUGUCAUGAUGCUCUAUACGUUAGCAUGGCGCUGUCCGCUGUGUGCAAACACCCAGACUGGCCGUCUCCAUAGCUCUCCUUACUGGGCUCUACUAUAGGAAUGCUUCAAGGAGAGCGAAUGCUUACUGUUUAAAAAAACAAAGCUCACGACUGCAGCUAGGAAAUACAGAAUUCAUGUUUUUGUUUCUUUUUCUUUUGAUAGUUGUUUCUUGUGUAAAGUUGUAGUUGUUUGGGAGGGGGAGGGGGAGGGUGGAAGAUGCGUGUGAAGAUUUUAACCCUUGCCUGUUAAAAUGAAUGAUCAGUUCUAAGAAGCUGGCAUGCAGAUUUUGCAAAGUUACAUUUUUUUCAAAGGUUUGAAUUAAAGGAUUUGAAUGCAUAAUAUGGGGGGUCGGGGGGGGGGUUGCUGCUGCUGUGGGGAGAAAAAAAAUCUCUUGAAAUAAAUUGAAGGACUGUGUGUGUGUGUGUGUGUGUGAGUGCGUGCGUGACCUGUGUCUGUGUGUGUGUGAGUGCGUGCGUCAUCUGUGUGUCUGUGUCUGUGUGUGUGCGUGCGUGACCUGUGUGUGUGUGUGUCUGUGCGUCUGACCUGUCUCUGUGUGUCUGUGUGAUAAUGCUGUAUACCCCCCUCCCCCAUCUCUGUCUGGAUAUAAUGUGUACCACAGUAACAGCACAGCAAAGUGUAGUAAAGUAAAGCAUAUUUAUAAAAACAAGCUAUAUAAACAAUGAUACAUGCAUUGGAAAGCUAACCAUUCUGUGCAAAGUUAUUGUCAAACUUUUCUAUAAGGAGUGUUUCAGGUCUCUGCUUUGUUGCAUGGAGUGUGUUCAGUCUAUGAAUACAGGGGUGAAGCUGUAUGUUUAAUAGAAUUGUGUAAUAAAAUGAUUUGUAGAUGAUUCUUCUCAUAAUAAAAGUUUAAUAAAA